GGCGGCUACCGGGCGUGGAGCCGGGCGCGGAGCCGGGCGCCCGACGCGAUGGGGCAGACUUUGGGCCUGCAGUGGUAUCCAGUCAUAAUUCUAAACAACUGAGGGACGUGAAUCAUCCCUUUGUCCAGCGCAUCUACACUGUAUAUUCUUUUACACAUUAGUCUUUUAGUAGGCCUCUCAGUUACCAGAUUGACUCUCACAGUGUCACAGUGCUGUGUUCAAGUAACCCUUAUAGUAGUCUAACACCACAUCACAGUGCCUACGUCGUUCACCUCACUUCAUCUCAUGCAGGCGUUUUGUCAUCUCACAUCACAAGAAGGUUAAAAAAAUCCUUCAUGAAGAGGAAACAUCUUAAGCCACGUGAUGGAUUCAGAAGCUCAUAAAAAGAGGUCACCAAUCAUAACAUCUUCAAAACAAGAUAUAUCACCUCAUAUUACAGAUGUUGGUGAAAUGAAACAUUAUUUGUGUGGCUGCUGUGCAGCUUUCAACAAUGUAGCGAUCACAUUUCCCAUUCAGAAGGUCCUCUUUCGGCAACAGCUGUAUGGAAUCAAAACCAGGGAUGCAGUGCUGCAGUUGAGGAGGGAUGGAUUUCGAAACCUGUAUCGCGGAAUCCUUCCUCCAUUAAUGCAGAAGACAACUACACUGGCACUUAUGUUUGGUCUGUAUGAGGAUUUAUCUUGCCUUCUCCGUAAGCAUAUCAGUACCCCCGAGUUUGCAACCCGUAGCAUGGCAGCAUUACUUGCAGGGACAACAGAAGCAAUAUUCACUCCAUUGGAAAGAGUUCAAACAUUGCUUCAAGACCACAAGCAUCAUGACAAAUUUACAAACACUUAUCAGGCUUUCAAGGCACUGAAAUGCCAUGGGAUUGGAGAGUAUUAUCGAGGUUUGAUACCUGUUCUUUUUCGUAAUGGAUUCAGCAAUGUCCUGUUUUUUGGCCUUCGGGGUCCCAUUAAGGAGCAUCUGCCUACUGCAACAACUCACAGUGCUCAUUUGGUCAAUGAUUUUAUCUGUGGAGGUCUGUUGGGUGCCAUGUUGGGAAUCUUGUUUUUUCCCGUUAAUGUUGUAAAAACUCGCAUGCAAUCGCAGAUUGGUGGGGAAUUUCAAUCUUUUCACAAGGUUUUCCAAAAAAUCUGGUUAGAACGAGAUAGGAAACUGACAAAUCUUUUUAGAGGUGCCCAUUUGAAUUACCACCGGUCCCUCAUCUCUUGGGGCAUAAUCAAUGCAACUUAUGAAUUCCUGUUAAAGGUUACAUGAAAAAUCAUCAGUUGAGUGCCAUUUAUUAACUGACAAGACCUUCCAAGAAGAAUGUAGUUUGGCCUAGUUCCUGAUUGGCCAAAUAUAGGUUGGUGUCUUAAGUUCAGGGCACAGUGAAUCAUGGGCAAAGCUGUUUUCUUAAGCACCAACAAAUUCAGAAUAAAAGGUUUCAGUAGGAAAGUUUAAGGGUUUUUGUUUUUUGGGUUUUGUUUUGUGUUUUGUUCUAAUAAUUACCUGAGAACUUUAAGCUAAUUUCUUGGUUAAUAGCUGUCUCUAAUGGAUGGCUUUUGACAAAGAAACUAAUAGCCAAGAUGGGCUUUCUCUCCCCCCCGCCCCCCCAAAAAUCUUUAAACCUUCUGUAAACGUAAGUGGCCAUGACCAGCCAGAGAAAAGGCUCUUAGGGCCCCUUGAAUUCUCAGGCUUACUUUCAUUACUCCACUUUUUGCUUCUCUCCUUUUAGGAGUUGUUGCGAAGGGUAGUCUUUCCUAAACUUAAGCAUAGACCCUGGAGGACAAAGGAGCAGGACAGAGAAGAAAAGAGCUUAAUAGGCAUAGGCUUUUCAUGAUAAAUUGCUUGUAUUGGUUUUUAAACAAGGCACCUAUUAGGAUAGUCAUUAUCCAAGUUGUUUCUCUUUAGGCAUGGUAGACUCCAGCAGCUAAUGAAAGCUCCGUUUGCUUUCUAGAUUUGAAAGUUUUCUGUUUAGUUCUGAAUGUGAUCAUAAACCUGUCCAAAAUAUCCUUAUGUUAAUUUCAUUUAUUUCAUUGCCAAAAGAUGGGGAAACUUAAAUUUUGUCACAGGCAUGUCCUAUUAAGUUUCAUAUUGAUUGCAUAAAGAUCAAACCCUCUCUAGCUCAAUUUCUUUGAAUUAUUGUUGCCAAUUUAGCAAACAGAUUUGGUUUUUUUUCCCUCUUUGGGUAGUAGUUUGUUUUAUUCAAGUGUUCAAUUCUCUUGAAACUCCUUUUUCAUUUAAAUUUUUUUAAUUGAUUUUUUAAGGGAGAGAGAGAGAAACAUUGAUCAGCUGCCUCUUGCAUACCCAGUACUGG